AUGGCCGACGGUUCCGGCAGCACCUUCGAGAUUUUGGCCCCCGGCGUCCUGGCUCGCGCGGUGCCAGGAUGCGGCGUUGCCGCCUUUGCCGCGAGGGCAUUUCGUCGCGGCGAUAUCGUGCUCGCCGAAGAGGCGGUUUUUUUCAGUGCCGUUUGCGCGCCCCGGCGGGCGAAUGCCCAGCUGCUGCGAGCGCUGCACGACGAAGUCGCACGGCGGCGCUUGCCCGACUUUGAGCCUAGCGGACACCUCGGGGCUCUGGUGGCCCUGCGAGACCUUGGGCCCAAGCGCUGCCAGGCGCUAUUGGCCUCGAAAUGCUCUGGCGAGGGUGCGCCGCCUUCGCCCAGGAAAGCCAAAGCAGAGGCUGGGGUGCUGCGGUUUGCGGUGUCGCAGGGCCUGGUGCCGCAGUCAGCGGCCUCGUUCCCACCGCGUGAGUAUGCCAAGCUGCGCAUGGCGAUCCAGCUCAACGGCUUCAGGUUUAACCUCGAUGCCAAAGAGGGAGACUUUGGCUACGACAGAGGGGAAGCCCUCUUCGACAGGAUCAGUCGUUUGAACCAUUCUUGUCAGCCGAACGUGGAGUUUAACCUCACCUGGGACAAUUCGCGUGGGAACGUGGUGAACACCAUCACUGCCAUGAGUGACAUCUGCGAGGGUGAGGAGCUCAAUAUCUCGUACCUUCCCCUCCGGCUGUGCCUUGCUGUGGAGGAACGGCGACGACAGCUCCUGGAGCAUUGGGAGUUUGUUUGCCGCUGCCCGCGCUGCGAGGCUGAGGGUGGCCCGCCGAAGCCGACAGAGCCCAGGCCGGCCCGUGUCCCAACCGUGGCCCACGCAGACCAGGCUCCCCAAUUGGACGGCGACUCCUCUUCCGAGGGUGUCGGCUUCGACGACUUGCGAGAUCCGGACGAUGCGUGA